GACCGCGAUGCUGCCCGCCCGGGAGAGGCGAGAGGCCGGGGCCGAGCGAGCAAGGUGCACGGUCCGAGGGAAAGAGGAAACGAGAGGAACGGUAGUCUAUGGUCCAGCGACUCCGCCGCCGCAAGAAAGAAAAGAGGAGCGCGAGCUGAAACGGAGCCGAAGCGUGUGGUCUCUCGGCGACUCGUGGCCAGUUUCAGUCGCGGCACUCGACCGUCGGGCUCGCGGAUCUCUCGCAAGAGCGGCGACCGCCUCGAGAUGCGAACAUCGUCGGCCGCACUCCCGACCGCACUUCCGACCGCACUUUCGACCGCAUUUUCGACCGAACGGACCGAACCGAACUCGACACAGCCGAGCAGCGGUGCGAGCAUCUGUCCGAUGAACUUCUGACGAGCCGCGUGUCCGAGUCGGUGCUCUCGGCGCCGUUCGUCCCCUCGAGGAUCUCGAGGACCUGUGGAAUCUCGAGCCGGUAGCUGGCCGUAUCGUCGAUCGUCGUUCGCCAGGAUCGGCCGGGAACGCGACGAGCCUGAUCCUUGGGAGAUCGGCGUAACGCGUACAGAUUCCUCUAGCGCUGGGCGAACAUUUGUCGAUCGCAGCUACGAGAUAUCCGGAUAGCCAUGAUCUAUCAGCCGAAUCGCCAGACGCCGACCAUGUCCGCGAGGAAGACUUCGCCCCGUCCUCAACGGCGGAGCUUGCAAGCGUCGUCGGGCAAAUGCGUGAACGCGAAGGCGAAGCGCGCGGCCGACAGGACCGGGAACGAGGAUAGAUGCAGGGGACGGUGCAGAGUGCAGUGGAGCGAGAAACACGUGAAGGAGGGCCUGGUGCUCGUGCAAGAGGCGCAGCUCGCCAGGGUGGUGAAGACGAGUCCCAUCUCGGAGCACUACGAGAUCGACCCGAAGCCGUUCGCCAACGGGCAAUGGGCGAAAGUGUACCGGUGCAGGUCGAGAUCGACCGGCAUCCUCUACGCGGCCAAGUACUCGUCGAGGAGCAGAUUCAACGCGGACUGCAGCGCCGAAUUGAGGCACGAGAUCGCACUGUUGUCCCUCUGCUCGCAAUCGCCGCGGGUCGUCCGGCUGCACGACGUCUUCGAGACGCCCAAGGAGAUCAUCCUUGUGAUGGAGUACGCACCCGGAGGCGAUCUGCAGACGCUCAUCGACGGCGAUUUGGUGCCCCUCGAAGGUGACGUGGUGCACUUUGUCAGACAGCUAGUAGAAGGACUCGCCUACCUCCACGAGAGAAAUAUUGCCCAUUUGGACAUCAAGCCGCAAAAUUUAGUGAUGAUGGGCAGCUUCCCCGAGUGCGAGGUGAAACUCUGCGACUUCGAGAUCUCGAGGGUGGUCUUGGAGGGAACGGAGGUACGCGAGAUUCUCGGGACGCCGGACUACGUGGCGCCGGAGAUUCUUCAUUACGAGCCGAUCACGUUGGCCGCGGACAUGUGGUCCUUGGGCGUGACGACCUACGUCCUCCUCACGGGAUUCUCACCUUUCGGCGGUGAAACCGACCAAGAGACCUUCCAAAACAUAUCGCUGGGCGAGGUGGACUUCCCAGAGGAGCUGUUCGGGGACAUUUCGACGCAGGCGAAAGAUUUCGUCGCGAAGCUUUUGGUGCUAGACCCAAGUGCACGAAUGACAGCGAAACAAUGCCUGCGUCACGACUGGUUGCGCGCCGCGCCGAUGCAAGCGUCGCCGCAUCUCAGAAGAUACCUGUCGAAAUCAAGGGAGAUCCUGCUGGAGCGCGUUGUCAGUCGGGAGAAUCUCCGGAGGGCGGCGCUUUUGAGCGAGCAGGCGAGCAGCCAAGCGAAUCUGUCGAGCGAAUCGAAUCAUCAUCGCGAUCAAAGCUUGCAGGACUGCCUGCUAAGCCAGAGCGAGAUGUGCCUGAGUCACCGUCUAACCGGAAGCAGAUCUAGUCUCGAGGGUAGCGAAGGUUUCCCGAGUCCGGCGGAGUCUCGGGCCAGCCUGAACUCCUCCAGGACCAAUUUGAGCUGCGCCAGCCAAAGCUGCCUGUUGAAUAAAGAGCAGACGCAAGGUUUGCUGAGCCGCGCUCAAAGCCGCUCGCAGGCCAAUCUGGAUCACGGCCCGAACCGAGGACUUCUGUCUAGAAUACGAAGCCUGAAUCGAAUCCAGUCCCAGGCGUGUUUGCUCAACGGAAGCCCCUCGGCAGCCUCGAACUCGCUGCAAACUCGAAUGAUAAUAAACCCGGUGAGCAGCCAUUCCCGCGAGAAGCUUUACGGGCUGAGAUCGUUGUCCAAGUCCCAGGGGGUUUUGGACAUAUACAGAAGCCUGGAGUGUCUCAGACGAAGAAGGAAGAGCUACCAACGCGCCAAGACCGAGGAUAUGCUACCGAUCUUCAAGCGUCUCGGCGUUGAGAUCGACACAUCGAACUCCUCGAACACGUCGGACGCAUCGGACGCGUCGAUAGCGACCACUUGCGACGUAAGCGAUAUUCCAAGCUUGGGUAACCGUGAUACGGGUGCAACGGAGCCCAGAAUACACGAUAACAACGAUAACAAGAGUGCAACAGACCUAAGCGCACCGGUUCCGAGAGCUGUCGCGAAAAAUGGCGAGGCUAUCAAUGAUGGAUUGACCUCUUCGACCGUAGGGAACAUCAGGAAUCACUCGAACGAAUCGGGAGAGCGAGGUUUCGAGUCGGAAGAGAAUUUGGACUCGUUAAAGUCCAUCGAAUCGGACACGUUGACCGAGGGUUCGGACGAGCAUCCGAUCAUCGGUAAAACGGAGUCGAACCUGCACGACGGCAGGCGUCCCUGUCAACGUCACCAUUCCGACGCGUCGAGUCGCUCCAACAACUCCACCACCUCGGACGACAAAGAGGACCGGUCGACGGAGUCCGAGAACGAGGAGCCGAAGUACACGGUGGCGCAGCUCGUGUCCGCGUUCAACAAACAUCAGGAAGUUGCUUCGAAGACGAGCUUGGAAGCGAUCAUGACCGAGAAGAGGAUCAACGAGGUGACCUUCCCCACCGGGACGAAGGCUCUGCGACUCUUCAUACCGGACAUCGAUAUCACCGAGACGAAAAUCGUUCGGCGAAAGACGAGUUACAAGCCCAGGAAGAACUGGGAGGAGCUGAGGAAGAAGGACGAGAAGAACGAAGGCGUACUGAAGAGCUUCGACCGCGACUCAGGCAACGAAGACGACGAUGACGACGACGACGAGGACGAUUUAGAUGGCGACCACGACGACGAAGAUGACGACGACGAAGAGGAGAACGAAAAUAACCAGGCUCCAGAGAAGACGAAGAACGAGACGAACGCGAUCGCUUCCGACACAGUGAGCAGCAACGAAAACAAAACCGGCGUUCGAAUCACGACGGAGAGAAAGGACAAGAAGAACGUUGAGUCGACUCGGGACCAAUGGUCGAUGCUGUCCAUCGAGAUCAACGGCGACUCCAUCUUCACGGAGAACAUGGACGUCCGAGACAACGUCGACACCAGAAUCGACGAGAAGUACAAGCGAUGCGUGAAAGGCGCGAAAAUGAACAUGCCGGAGACAACGGAGAAGUUGGAAGGUGUGAGUGCCACGGUUUGUCAAAAGGACAGACUACCCAAUUACAUUUAUUCAGAUAUAACCUGCCACGGUGGUAAGAGCGUGUCUCAGGAAGCGACCAAGAAAACGUCCUCCGUGAUGUCGAACGGGAAGAACAAUAGAAAAGCGCCGAAAGACCGAGCAAGACCAACGUACAACGCGGAAUGCGCGAACGUGAACCUAAAGGAUAUUCUGCAGAGGGUGGACAGCUUCCAAAAUACACCGAAGGAGAACCUGGAGAAUCUGAGGAAAAGAACAUCCAUCGCCAAGAUCAUCUUGAACGACAAUUUGCCCCAAGAUGGCCAAGACUUCCACGGUGGGAAUGCUUUUCGCGCUCGGAGCGAACCGCCGGCGAGCUUGUGUCGCAAGGAAGAGAAUAAGAUGAAGCUGGAAGUGCCACCCUCUAUCGUUAGAUCUUCCUCCAUGUCGAGCGACAGCAGCUGUCCGACACCUGGCAGCAUACGAUCGGAGGUGAACGUCUCCUGGGAAGACGUGCAAGGAGCGCCAGCGUCGAAUAUCUUUUCGGAGAAGGAAGAUCCCGCCGGGAAGUUUCGGAAGAAAGGCGAUUCGCAAAGAACUCCGAGCGAGGGGAAGAGCAAGCAGUCCGUGGAAGACAAAAGACUGUGGGGCAGAGUUUGCACAGGGUCUUACAGCAGGGCGAUGGAGAAAUUCAGCAGGAACAGCGACGCGAAUAAGAAGACUAUCGGUCAGUCGAACGGAUCUCAAGUGAACGAAAAGACUAGACGAAAGAGCAGUCCUGCCAUGCCUCGAUGCGUCAGCCCGUAAGGGUGGAAUCCCUUGCGCGAAGACUGAAUCUAGACUUCGAACUUCUCCGGUCGCGGUGACUCGAGCCGCGGAAGGGAAUGUCCGCAUCAAACGAAUCUUCGUCGUGAAUACCUCAGAGGACCCGAGAACAAGAUACAUAAUCGACUCUUCGCGCUGUCCUUCAAUGAACGAACGUCGUUUCAGUGAGAAUCCUCGACUGAGAGCUAACGAAAAUAUAAUCCACGAGCACGCGUCGCUGGAACGUUGACGAUGGUUCAGAAACCGAGUCGAGCUUAAUCGAACGUUGUAGUCUUUAAUUUCCGUAAGCAAUAAACUUCGGAAGUCCGCUUCUCUUGAGCCGCGUAGCGUCUGCUAACACCUAGGUAAUCCGUCGACCAGUAGACUAAUAGAUUCCAAGAGAAAGAGGAACCUGGCCAUUAGUUGUCCAAGAAAAGACGUGUCUUGUCUCCAUUGAGCUACAUUCAAAGAAAAUGAUAGAAACCCCCGAGUCUCGAGUUUCCUGGUGCCUAGGAUGGCGAAUAACAAUGAAAAUAGUACAAAAACGAUUGCACUUGAAGGGAAUGAUAUAAUUGCGAGGAAUACCGACAUGGACAACUAACAGAGCCAUGAUGUCUUUAUAAGAAUGAUUACAAUGUGAUCCGAUUCGAAGGAAGUCGCAGGUUAAACGAACGCGUGUCUGUUGCGUAAACGCGGCUGUAGCGAGUUCGUUGCAGAAUAAACGAGUAGCGGCCUUCGUUGAAAGAAGAAAUUCAUUGUAAUCGAUCUACGAGAAAGAAGAAAAGGCGAUGAGGCUUGCAUUCAAGAGAAUUGCUCACUCGCGAGAUUAUCUUCUUACGAUACAACUUUGCCUUUACUAAUUCUAUUGCUCCAUCUAUUGGAACUCGUAUAAUUGUUUCGUAGAAUGUAGAAUCCGAUUAAAAUCGAUCUUUCCCUUCUGUUUAAGCAUGCAAACGACUAUCAACUUUUGUAUCGAAGAUAUCUCAAUAAAGACUCUUAUAUGGUUGAGUA